UGAAUGCUUGCAAAUAUUUGUGAGACACACUAAUGUCAUGGAGUCUGGCUUUGCUUCUCUUGUGUCUGAACUUAGACAAGUGAAAGAGUUGUUUGCACGUUCGCUUGAAGACCAAAGGGCUAAUGCAGCAGCAGCGAUGGAGGAUCGGCGCCUAGACAGAAUAAGCAGAGAAAAAAUAGCUGAACGUGAAAUCCUCUACAGAAAGAAUGCCACUCGAGAAUCAAUAGAUUCGAGAGAAGAGUACAUGAGAUUGUUUGGACAUGAUGUACAGACAGGUGUCCUAGUACCUCCGGCUACCACCACUCCUAAAAGCAGCACAGCAGACGAUUCAUCAGAAACAGUACCACCAAUAAUUGAUGGCAAUACCCUAGUAGAUUAAUAACAUUGACUAUCUUCUUUUCCCUCUUUCUCUUUCUCUUAUUUUCUUUACUAUCUUAUUUUUAUAUAUAUAUUUAUACUUAUAUAUAUAUAUAUAUAUAUAUAUAAAUAUACAUACAUACGUACAUACAUACAUACAUACAUACAUACAUACAUACAUACAUAUGUAUAAAUAUACACAUACACACACACUCACACUCACACACGCGAUAUCUAUUUUUAUUUUUUCCUUUUUGUCGUUCCUAUUCAAAGUCAAUUCAAUUCAACCCAAUUCAUUAGGGGCAAUCAAUUGUGAAUAUAUACAAGUUCCUUCUCUUUCAUUUGACCAAGUUAUGUAAAUUUAUGGCCCCUAAUGAUUUAUUUUAUUUAGUUCUUUAAUAAAGG